UCCGCGCAACCAAACAUUGUUGGACUGUCUAGCUGUGCUGGGCAUACAAACACAUUCGCAAUGUCUCGCCAAAGCAUGGCGCCACCGCGCAAUCUGUCGCUCACCGAAGAAUUGGAGAAGCUAGAGCAGUCCAUCACCCUCACAUUGCAAGAAAUCGACCACAACUUCAGCCGUGCACAUCGAAUCGUAACCACGAGCAUCCUUCCAAUCGUCGAGCAAUAUGGCAAGCAUUCUGAAGCGGUCUGGGAAGGCUCCAAGUUCUGGAAGCAGUUCUUCGAAGCUAGCGCAAACGUCUCCCUCUCCGGAUAUGAGGCGCGCGACACCGACGACACGACCGUUCACGAUGACACCCAGCAGUCUCAGAUGUACGAAGAGGAGACAAUGGAGGAUAACACGGUGACGGGUGGAUCUGUGACCCCGCCUCGGCCUACAUCCUCGCAGGCAGGCCUGGACGAGACAUCCGAAAUGGACUCGCCGUCUCUUGCACACGCCCAUAGUACUCCUCGCGCGCCAAAUACCGGGGGAAAAGAGCCUAUGUUCGCCGAAUUCUCAUCUCCCUACGAAACGCUGCGGCAGGAGAUACAGGGCACACGCACCCCUAAACUGGUUCCUACCACACCAGCAAAGACCACAGCGCUGCCCGAAAUGAGCUUCGAUUCUUCCCCACUUGUGCCACCGACUUCGGGUAAGCAGAGCCAUGUCAUGGACCCGCUGCUUCACCGAGUUCUCGACAAGACGUACCGCGUCCAAGCGACUCCCUUGAUAAGCCCAAGGAAGUACAAGCCAACGGGUGCUUUUACUCCAUCUACGGCUCGACGCGGUGCUCCUACGCCUCAGGCCCAAACCUCGACGCUCGCUGCGUGGGAAGACUCUUCCCCUGAGUCUUCGCCCGCGCCACCGCAGCUCCGAGCGGACCUGUUUUCGCCCCUCAAAACGCCGCGCACUCCCGGCGUGAGCGUACAGACGCCAGGCAAAGGAAAGCAUCUCUUCAGUGUCACCAAAACGGGGGCCAAUAUCUUCGACGACACCGACAGCGAGGAGGAUGAUCUUAGCCCCCCCAAGACGAUUCAAUUUCACAUUCCGCAGAGUAAGCUGCUGCAGACUCCUGCCCAAGAAGCCAGCAGGCGGAUUGUGGAUGACUUGUUGAUGACAGCUGGCGGCGACAUCACUGACACGACCGAGGGACUGGAAGAAGACAGUCCCAGUGUGGUUCGACGUCAAGUGAACAUGGACGAUACAUUUUGA